CGAAACGACCUCUUGUUGUUGGGUAGUUGACAGAUUAUCGGAGACGGAAUUUGUUAAAAAAUCUGCGAACCUUACAUUUCCGAAACCAAAAUGGCUUCUUUGUGUGGUAGAAUUGCCGCAUCUACUGCAAGAAAACAUGUCUUGUGUUCGAGUUACAGGUUUGCCUCAAAAGUCACUAUGGGUGAUCCAGUAGAACAUGCCACUGGUCUUGAAAAACGUGAAUUAUUAGCCAAAGUAGCCGGAAACGAAAAUCCUUUUGACUUGAAAGUUAUUAAACGAGGUGCUGGUACAAAAGUCCAACCAAAUGAAAUUCCUUCAGCUUUUGAUGCCCGUCUCGUAGGAUGUAUUUGUGAAGAAGAGUCCACUAGCAUAAACUGGAUGUGGCUACAUAAGGGAGAACCUAAGAGAUGCGAAUGUGGACAUUGGUUCAACCUUGUUCACAAAGCUCCCGUAUAAACUUUACUUAAUAUUGCUCUGUGCUCUAGACUAAUAUAGCGUUUUAAUGUAAUAAAUUUAUUUGUUCUUAUA